AUACAGAUCAGUCAGAUAUGGUCAGAUACAUAUGGAUACAGAUAAUACAUAACAAACUUACCACUACAGUCUACGUGGAAAUCUUGUGGAAUGGAAAUUAAUUGAAAAUAAAAUACUUACCUACCUAGGAAGAUUGGCUCCAGUUUUAAUAAAUAUGGAUUCCUCAUCAAUAGUGAGUUUUACAAAUGAUACAUUUCAAACCACACUCAAGGAUCAUAACAAUAUUAGUGUGCAUGAAUUAGCGCUUCACGCAAUGAGAGACCGUUGUUUACUACUUCAAAAGAGAAUAAACGCAUUAGAGAGUGAUAACAUGCGAUUAAAACUGGAUUUUACGAAGGCUACUGAGAGCAAACCCUUUGUUCCUUUACAAGAAGACGAAAAAUCAACAUUGCUUCAGAAAAUAGCUGAACUCAACAGACAGAAAUCGCAAUUAAUGCAUCAUGUAUUUAUGGUGUCGUGUGAGAAUAAAAAUUUAUGGACUAAAAUUUCAUCCAUUAAAGGUGCACCUGAUCGUGCAAGUAAAGAGUAUGUCAAACAACCAUUGUUACGGACCGAGACAUAUCUUCACAGUACUCCAAAAGGUAGCGUUGUUAAUUAUCAAGAAAAAUAUUCAGAGUCCAGCUUAGAAGAAAUAUCUUUGAAACUUAUUAACAGUUACAUUGAAGAAAAAUCUCAAUUAGUUGAGCAAUAUGAACAAAUGACACAACUUCAUGAUGACAAUGAACAUUUCUUGAAUGUAGACUCAAUUGGAUUCAACUACAUUGAAGAUCCAGCAAUGGAUUCUCUCAAAGAAAUCCAUAUUCAUACAGAAAAACUAAAUAAUUUAAAGAAAGAACUUGUUCAACAAGAAUCUGACCUCAAACUAAUAAUUUUAAAAAUUGAAUCAUUUUUCAAAGAUGGCUAUAAAUGUUCAGCAUGUAUUGGAAGUAAUACAAAGAUUAUAUCAUCAGAGCACAAAGAAAUUGAGACUAGUGACAGCCUAGCAAAUUGGGCAACCCCAGUGGAAUCUACAAAUUAUAAUAACUACAGUGAACUAAAUUCAUCAACCUUCAAGAAAAAUCUAGAUCACCAAGAAAAUAAUUUAAAAGAUGACACAGUCGAUAAAAUUUGCCCAAUGUGUGGCCAAACAUUCCCGAAAGAUGUUGCUUUUAGUGAAUUCCAAUCCCAUGUUGAAAAUCAUUUUAUAGGUGAAAGUGACCCAGAUUCUGUUAUAGACAAUUCUGAGAAUGUACCAACUUCAUUUGACAAUAUUAUAUAGAAGCCCAUUUUUUAGAUAUAGGUAAAAAAUCAAAUAGGAUAUUGCAACAUUUUAUUUGUAAAUAAUUUUACAAAGUCUUUGGCGAAUCAACAUCUGGCAAACUUAGGAUGUGACAACAUAAAUGCAACUAGAGUCUAAACUGAACUAUCAUUUAAUUUUAUUCAUAAUGUGUUAAGGCUUUUAAAACUAAUUAAAGAGACAACUAAGAACUCCAUUUAUGAUAUCUCAAAAAUUAAACCAAAAGGGCCCUUUGGUUUUAUUCUGGAGAUGUCAAGUGGAAGAUAGAACAAUUUAGGCUCUUACUAUUUAAAAAUUGUUGUAGAUUCUAGACUAUUUGACUAUAAACUAAGUUACUACUACACUUUCAAAAUUAAUUUAUUUAUGCUAAAUCAGUUGGUUUAACAUCAGUAGAGUCAGAAGGCUGCUGUGUUGUUUUUUGAAGAAGAUUCUUACUGAACCA